CAGCUAGGAGGAGCUGCCGUCUCGCGUCGCGCCCAAUUUACUACGACUCCUCCUGCUUCUUCUUCUUCUGCUGCUCGCUCGCGCGCGCGCGCGCUUCCCACCUACCCCAUCCACCACCACCACCACCCCGAGGAGGAGUUACGACUUGCGGGAUGGAGUCGGCGGCGGGCCCGAUGGAGCUGGUGGCGGCGCUGCUGCGGGGGCUGACGCCGCGGGCGGAGCAGCUGCUGCAGGGCGGGGAGGGCGGAGAGGCCGGGGCGGUGGAGGCGAGGGCGGUGGUGGCCACGGUGGCCGCCGCGGUGCUCGGGUGCGCGUUCCUGGUGCUGUGGAGGCGGCUGUCGGCGGGGAGGAAGCGGAAGAGGGAGGAGGCGGAGAAGUCGGCUGCGGCGGCGGGGACGGCGGGGGUGGGGAAGGGGAAGGGCGGAAAGGAGGAGGAGGCUGGUGCUGACGGGAGGAAGAAGGUCGCCGUCUUCUUCGGCACGCAGACCGGCACCGCCGAGGGCUUCGCCAAGGCACUGGCUGAGGAAGCAAAGGCCAGAUAUGACAAGGCAAUAUUCAAAGUUGUGGACUUGGAUGAAUAUGCGAUGGAAGAUGAGGAGUAUGAGGAGAGAUUGAGGAAGGAGAAGAUAUCUUUGUUUUUCGUUGCAACGUAUGGAGAUGGUGAGCCGACUGACAAUGCAGCCAGGUUCUAUAAAUGGUUCACUGAGGGAAACGAGAGGGGUGUCUGGUUGGAUGACUUCAAGUAUGCUGUUUUUGGUCUUGGCAAUAGACAGUAUGAGCAUUUUAACAAGAUUGCGAAGGUUGUUGACGAGCUCCUAGUUGAUCAAGGUGGAAAGCGUCUUGUUCCGGUUGGUCUUGGAGAUGAUGAUCAAUGCAUUGAGGAUGACUUCAAUGCAUGGAAAGAAACUCUCUGGCCAGAGUUGGAUCAGUUACUUCGGGAUGAAAAUGACGUUGCAACUGGCACUACGUACACAGCUGCCAUUCCUGAAUACCGGGUUGAAUUUGUUAAGCCUGAUGAGGCAGCCCAUCUGGAGAGAAAUUUUAGUCUUGCAAAUGGUUAUGCAGUUCAUGAUGCUCAGCAUCCUUGCCGGGCUAAUGUUGUUGUGCGGCGGGAACUCCACACUCCUGCUUCUGACCGUUCAUGCACUCACUUGGAGUUUGAUAUUGCUGGCACUGGUCUCACGUACGAAACCGGCGACCAUGUUGGUGUGUACACAGAGAACUGCCUCGAGGUUGUAGAGGAGGCAGAGAGGUUGUUAGGCUACUCGCCUGAGACAUUUUUCACCAUCCAUGCAGACAAAGAGGACGGUACACCACUGGGUGGUGGUUCUCUUGCUCCUGCAUUCCCUUCCCCAAUCACUGUGAGGAAUGCAUUGGCUAGAUAUGCUGAUCUUCUAAAUUCACCAAAGAAGAGUGCUUUGGUUGCAUUAGCUACUUAUGCUUCAGAUUCUACUGAAGCUGAUCGUCUCAGGUUCUUGGCAUCUCCUGCUGGAAAGGAUGAGUACGCUCAGUGGGUUGUCGCGAGCCAAAGAAGCCUAUUAGAAGUGAUGGCAGAGUUCCCUUCAGCAAAGCCUCCACUGGGAGUCUUCUUUGCAGCCAUUGCUCCUCGUCUUCAACCAAGAUAUUACUCAAUUUCAUCUUCACCUAGCAUGGCACCCACCAGGAUUCAUGUUACAUGUGCGCUUGUGCAUGAAACAACACCUGCUGGAAGGGUACAUAAGGGAGUCUGCUCAACUUGGAUUAAGAAUGCUAUUCCAUCAGAAGAGACCAAGAACUGCAGCUGGGCUCCAAUUUUCGUGAGACAAUCGAACUUCAAACUGCCUGCUGAUCCUUCAGUACCAGUUAUAAUGAUUGGUCCAGGAACUGGUCUUGCUCCUUUCCGCGGAUUCUUGCAGGAGAGGCUAUCCCAAAAACAAGCAGGAGCUGAGCUUGGUCGCUCAGUGUUCUUCUUUGGAUGCAGAAACAGCAAGAUGGACUUCAUCUAUGAGAAUGAGCUGAACACUUUCCUUGAGGAAGGAGCAUUGUCUGAGCUAGUUCUCGCUUUCUCUCGUGAGGGCCCGACUAAGGAAUACGUCCAGCACAAAAUGGCACAGAAAGCUUCCGAGAUCUGGGACGUGAUCUCUCAGGGUGGUUACAUUUACGUCUGUGGUGAUGCCAAAGGCAUGGCUAGAGAUGUACAUAGAGUUCUCCACACCAUCGUACAGGAACAGGGAUCGCUUGACAGUUCUAAGGCUGAGAGCUUUGUGAAGAGCCUCCAAACGGAGGGUAGGUAUCUGAGGGAUGUGUGGUAAGAGGUGAUUUUCAGGACACCAAAAAAA